AUGCUCUCACAGCCUCGGAAUUCUCAAGACGCGUUGGACGAGUCCAUGGCAAACUUUCAGCGUGAAGCGCUGGCCACCUCGCCAAAGCGACUGGCAGCUGUCACGCGCGUCUCGUCGCCCAGCGCCGUCAGGCGUGGCUCGGCAUGGCUUCGCGGCUGGCGAGAUCUGGGCGUGGGCAGCUUCUUCCGUCAAAUGUUCAAGUCAGCUGCUGUAGAGUCGCGCCAGUGUGUUCCUACUUCAGCGGCCACGCGCAACGGCCGCGCUGCUACUUUUGGGCAAAUGUAAGGGAUAGAACUGCGUAGUAACUGUGUAUUUCUUUUACUUCUAAGUUCGUUCGUAUUAACAUGGGCAGUAGACAAUCGUACUUUGACAUUUAAUGAAGAUCCACAAGAAAUUACGCAUAGUGAUUCAGUUUCUAUCGACGAUCUACAUGCAAAGGGGGUAGAAGCAUAUUUAGAAAAUGAUUGGAAUAGUUGUAUAAAGUAUUUUUCAGCUGCUGCAAAAGAACAUCGUACUUUUAUGAAAACUACAGCGAAGUGCAGAAACCGUUGUCGCUCCCGAAGUGAAGGCGAACCUUUUAUGUUCCCUUUUGAUGUUGAAAAUUUACAUUUCUAUGAAACAGCAGUCCGAACUACUCUUUGCCUUUUAAAAUGCAAAAACGCUGCAUUCAAAAAUAAAUUUGUUUCUGUUUCUCCUGAACUCGACAAGCUUUAUUUUCGAAAGAAGCCCUAUGAGUAUCUACAUUUAUGUUACUACCAGAAAAAGAUGCUACAAAAAGCAGCUUCUGCCGCCUUUACUGCUCUGGUAGCUAAUCCAGAAGAAAAUGCGAUGAUAAAUAAUUUAAAAUUCUACAGUAGUCUACCGGAAGUGAAUAUGAAUGCAAUAGAGAAUCUGGAAAUAAAAGCUUUUGUGCCGUUAUAUAUUCAGGGAGUGGAAGCCUACAAUAAAGGUGAUUUUGCUUCUGUUAUUAAUUUACUUGAACAGUCUUUGAAAAAAUGGUUACGUGCGGCUGAGGAGUGCCGUGCAUAUUGUGAAUCGCCUUUUGAUCAAGGCUGGUUCCCGGAUUUCAUAUCUUCUGUAUCAAAUCACUUCACAUUUUGCUUACGCUGUAAACAGAAAUGCGAAAUGCCUCUCAACUCACUGAACGGAGAAUACCAUGAAGAUAUGUUGCCAAGCCAUUAUCAUUAUUUACAAUAUUCCUAUUAUAAAGUUAGUAAAUUGCAGAAAGCUUGUGAAGCUGUUGAAAGUUACCUACUCUUCUUUCCAAAUGAAGAAACCAUGAUUAAGAACAAAGAGUUUUAUUCCCAGUAUCUGAAUGGAAACAUGGAUUAUUUUGUCCCAAGAGAGGAAGCUGUCAAAUAUGUUCAACGCCAAAAAUAUGAAAAUCAGCUCUUGAACUUCAUUGAUACUGAAUUCAAGAAAAUAGCUGAGAAAAUGGGAGACAGAGACUCUGAAGAGGAAACAAAUGUAUGUUUACUGUUUUUUAAGAAUUACAUUCGUGACAAUUCAGAACAAGGUGACUGAGCUAACAGCGCAUUUUAAGACGUGAUUCUCAUCAAUGCAAGAUAUUUUUGUCUACGUUUUUAUUUUUGACGCUGUAUGUUCAUUUUAAAGAUAAAAUCAUAAACAUAUGAGUACUUUAUAUAUCAUUGUUCUGUAAUAUGUCUUGUAAUACAAUGGAAAGAAAUACAGAUAUAUUUUUUAUUUUUUUCAGAA